AUGUCUCGGAAAUCUCCGGGACAUGUGACCGAUGUGACUGGCUGCCAACACCAGCGUCGGACAUUUCUCGGACCAGCCAGCGGUGCUUGCAGAUCCUGUGUACGUUUGCUGGGUACCUCUUUCCAGUAUUCGUUGGGACUGGUGCACGUCCCAGCAGGGUUGGCGGUCAUUUUGAGGUUUAAAAGAUGGCUGCCUCCUAGGUCCUAUGUGUUUUUCCAGGUGUCUGGGAGCUGCAAGUCCAAGUUGUUGAUCAGCAAGCCGCAAUGCAGCCGUUUCGAGCUGCCUUGCAGCGGCCGUCGGCUGCGGCUCGGUGUUCCAGUCGCCGGUGAAAACGCAUCCUCCGGCAGACUCUACAGGUUGCAAUGA